AUGGAUAUGUGGACCUCGUGCCAAAACAAAGGAUACAUGUGUGUUACAAUUCAUUGGAUAGAUGAUAGUUGGCGUAUGCAAAAGAGAAUUAUUGGUUUCUUCAAUGUAAAAGAUCUGAAAGAGAAUGCUAAUGGUUCCCUAGUGUGUGAUGGGAUGUUUUUUCAUGUUAGAUGUGCCUGCCAUAUUCUCAAUUUGGUUGCUAGAGAUGGGUUGAAAGUCAUUUCAGGAACACUCAGCAAGGUCAAAUCACUUGUACUAGCUGUGAAAGGGUCUCCAUUGCAGUGGGAAGAGCUUAUGAAGCGUGCCACCGAAGCUGGGUUGGAUACAAAGAGGGGUAUUCAAAUGGAUGUUUCAACAAGGUGGAACUCUACCUAUCUAAUGUUGAGAGAUGCCUUGUACUACAAGGAUGCAUUUAUUAGGCUGAAGUCUUCAAAUCGACGUAGUGAAGAUGCUACAAUUAGAGAAAUGGCAGUUGCUAUGAGUGCAAAAUUUGAGAAAUAUUGGGAGCAGUCCAACAUUGCUCUAGUGCAGCUUUGUUUUCUUGAUCCUAGGUAUAAGAAAAGGCUCAUAGAGUACUACAUGAAGAAGUUCCAUGGGGUUCAUUAUCAAGCUGAACUUGAUGAGUUUAUUAGUGUGAGGUAUAUGUUGGAACCACUACUGAAAAUUGUUGGUGAGUUUGACAUCUUAGCGUGGUGGAAAAACAAGAGAGAAGAGUAUCCUAUCCUUUCACAAAUUGUUAGGGAUGUAAUGGCUGUACAAGUAUCAACAGUAGCAUCCGAGUGCGCCUUUAGUGCUGCUGGUCGUGUUGUUGAUCCCUAUCGUAGUCGUCUUGAUCACGAGAUGAUUCUAAAAUGGUUGGAUCAAUUUUGCACUGGCAGUGGCGCUGGACCCGCUUGUGCACCAGCAACAACCACAACUCCAAAUGUUGACAAUGAUGACCCAGAGGAAGGUGAGGAUGAAGAGGAGGCUCACCUUUCUGGCAAGAGGUACAAGAAAUGCACAUCGUGGGUGCGGAAUUAUUUCACCAAGAAAAAGGAGAAAGGAAUAAUGGACAAUUAUUUCCAAGAAAAAGAAACUCUGUAUGCACUCUUGAAAACUAUGAAUUGCCGCUUUAGUGCAACAAUGGAUAUGUGGACCUCGUGCCAAAACAAAGGAUACAUGUGUGUUACAAUUCAUUGGAUAGAUGAUAGUUGGCGUAUGCAAAAGAGAAUUAUUGGUUUCUUCAAUGUAAAAGGUAGGCAUCUUGGUGCAAAGUUAUGCGAGACAUUCUUUGAAGUUAUGGUUAAAUGGUACAUUGAAAAUAGACUAUUUGCUUUGACUUUGGAUAAUGCUAGUUCAAAUGAAGUGAUGUACUGCCAUAUUCUCAAUUUGGUUGCUAGAGAUGGGUUGAAAGUCAUUUCGGGAACACUCAAGCAAGAUUCUAAAAUGGUUGGAUCAAUUGACAAUAACAAGGAGGGGGAAGAGGACGCUGAGGAGGACAAUGAGGAAGAAAAAGACAUGGAAAGUGAUCCUAUUCCUGACAUCAUGGAUGAUGCUGAUGAACUGUAG